GCUACAUCAGCGAUACGUAAUGUGUAGUUUGCGAAUUUUAUAUUUCGCGCAAUCGUUCCUGUAAAGUUGUUUGUGCGUCUCGCGCGCGGACGUUUCCGCAGACGGAUAUCCGUGACGCAGUGAUAUUCGACGUCCAACAUUUCAUCGAUAUUUUUCACGAUUGAUGGAAAGGGAAAUUCGUUGUGGAACUAUUGCUAUCCGCAUAUAUGUAUAAUCGCGAAACUGCGCGCGCAAUAUUGAGAGUUACGAUCCGCGGAUUUCGAUUUACGCGUGAUUUGAUUUAAGCGGCUGUUGGGCGCGCAUGAUUUUCAGUCAGCGAUGUCAUCCGGGGAUUGAUCGUUUGUUCUCGCGAUUGUAAUUGCUUUUGGAAAUUUAGAUGCAUGUAUGUGUGCGUGAUAGCAAUAGUGGGCAAAUCGCCAUUUGCACUCUGAGAAUCGAAGGAUAGAGCGGACGGCAUUAAUCGGCAAAUAAACGCGAGCGCGAAUUUCUAAAGCAGGCUUUUUGAUCCCGCUCUCGUUUCACGACGUUGUUACGAUUCCCUGAGAAAAGUUCAACCGCGUUACUUGUUCGCAGAGUUUCUUAAGAACAAUAGAUGAAGGACCGCCGUUACAGUUUCGCCGACCGUUUUCCCGAUUCCACGCGCUAAAAGUGCAUUCGACGAUACAAAGAAAUCGUCGAGUUUCGAGAGCGACUUUGUCACGAAUGAAAGUACGGACGUCGGAAGAGAAUUUAACUUUAUCACCGUGCAGUGCGGUGCGGAGCUCGAAGAAAGUGGAAGUUAACGGAGAGUGAGAGUCUUUUCUCUCUCUUUUUCGGGAAAGAGAGGGAGAAAGAGAGAAAAAAGCCGCGAUCUCGCGUUCCGCAACGUCGAUCACGAAUCCAGGGACAGGUAUCUGUUUGGAUGGUAUAAGUAAUCAUAUAAUUCCCUACUGCAUUGGAUUCGUACAUUAUUUUAUUAAACGCAUGUCUGAGAAUCAGUUUGUUAACAAAUCAAUUGAUUAUCUCUAAUCUCUUCAAGAGAUUCAUCACAUCGAAAAGGUCAUCAUGGACACGAGUACAAUACGCUUGGUGAUAUUUGUGGGCAUGUUUUUGAUUUUCGCCGGCGAUUAUAGCACAUUGAUUUCAUCGAUUUUUGGUAAUGCAACGGAGAGGAACGUAACUGUUAGAGGACCCGAAGCUCAAUUUAAGGGUCCUCACGAUAAGAUAGACGUCGUUUCGAAAAAAGAUGUUGAUAAGAAAAACGUUGCCUUACGUCGUGCGAAGAUGAUGGCGACGAUCAAGACUGCUUGCUUGCCAAAGUUGAUAUGCGAACUCACAUCGUCCGUCCACCAAGAUCAGUUAAGUGAAAUGGAGCGAUCUCUUUUGAAUCUCAUAAGAGAUACAAGUCUGAGCACAAUGGCGGAAAUGCCCUCGAGAUAUCACUUCGCGGCUCAUAUGGGCCAACUGAUUUCCGGUAUAGAAGGUCAAGGCUGUCAUAACUUUUACCCGACGUGUCCAUUGCCGGGCAACAGCGUUUUAAACAUGAUGAAGAAAGUCCGUCUACGCUGAUGAGACAACUUUAUC